CUUUCCCGCGAAGGCGGGGCGAUGCCGGGGAACCGACAGCCGAGGGUCCGUUCGGGGAACCAGCCGCGUCCCGUGCCCGCCAUGGAGCCUGCGGCUCGCGGGGCCUGGGCCCACAGCCGCGCCGCGCUCUGCCGUCUGGAGAAGCUGCUGCGGUGCUCGCGUUGCACUAAUAUUCUGAAGGACCCUGUGUGCUUAGGAGGGUGUGAACACAUCUUUUGUAGUGAUUGUGUAAGUGACUGCAUUGGAAGUGGGUGUCCGGUGUGUUCUACCCCGGCCUGGAUACAAGACGUGAAGAUAAACAGGCAGUUGGACAGCAUGAUCCAACUUUGUAGUAAGCUUCGAGGUUUGCUACAUGACAACAAGCGUUCAGGGGUGAAAGCAUGUCUACAAAAAAAAGUAUGUGAACAAGAAGAAAAGUAUGAAAUCCCCGAAGGUCCACAGAGAAGCAGGCUCAACAGAGAACAGCUGUUGCCAAAGCUGUUUGAUGGAUGCUACUUCUAUUUGGGGGGAACCUUCAGACACCAUCCAAAGGACAACCUCAUUAAGCUCAUCACCGCAGCCGGGGGCCAGCUCCUCAGUAGAAAGCCCAAGCCAGACAGCGAUGUGACUCAGACCAUCAAUACGGUCGCGUACCAUGCUAAACCCGAUUCUGAUCAGCGCUACUGCACACAGUAUAUCAUCUAUGAGGAUUUAUCUAAUUAUCGCCCAGAGAAGGUUCGGCAGGGCAAAGUCUGGAUGGCUCCUUCAAGCUGGUUUAUAGACUGUGUGAUGUCCUUUGAAUUGCUCCCUCUUGACAGCUGAACAUUAUACCAGAUGAACAUUUCAAAUUGAACUUGCACAGUUUCGAGAACCCAGCCAUUGUGCUGUUUUUGAUCAUUCACGUUUUUACAAAUAGAUAGAGUUAUUCGUAUGUUUUUCAUUGAAUUAAAAAAAAAAUCUUAUGCCAGACUAGGAAUUCACUUUGUGUUUACCAUUUAGAUGCUGAGAUUGUUUUAAGAUUUUUCUUUUUAAAAUUGGCAUAUUUUUUGAUCCAUCAUGUCUUUCUAUU